CAUCACAUUUGGCAUAGUGGCAUGGAUAAGUGAGCUGCGCGCGCGAGAAAAGAGCGAAAGAGAGAGACACACCAACACGCACAUAGUGUGCAGCGAUCGACUACUCCACGCGGCCAAGUAGAAACCAGUUAAACAAAAACCCCUCAUUUCUUUUGACGGCUAUCGCAACAAGUUUUCUUUACCAUCAGAGCAUUGCUUUCGUGACAUCUUGCACAACUUCUCAUGCACAGUCCACACAUGCACCGUCAUAUCGACGCCGCAAUGUGUCAAUGUACGCGCUAAAUACACUCUUUACCCUUUUAUCGCCAUCACCAAUUUGUCAACUUCUCGGCCAGUGUAUGCCCCGGUGAUCUGUCAGCUGCGCCAGGAUGGAAGCGCCCAAGAAACUCAACACCACGACGUCCACCACCACGUCCCGCUACGGACCAACCCUGAUGCCCAUGCACUAUCUGCAGGCCCCGGGAAUGCGGGGUCUGCGCUCGCCCAGCCGCGAGAGCAUCGCCAGUGAUUUCUCCGUCAUGUCCAUGUCCAGUCAGUAUCAGGACGGGGGGACGCGGCGUAAACGCGCCAUGCAAUUCCUCUCCAAAUCCCGCGAGACCCUCAACUCGGGCUUCGACCAGCUGUCCCUCAAUGUGUCCAUCGAUGUGCCCAGUCUGCCCCAUCAGCCCGAUGCCUUCUUCACACCCGGCCAGAAUGCCACGGUCAAACCGCAUAACCAGAUGACGCGCUGCUUCAGCUUCACGGAUCUGCGCUCCAACAGUAAUCAUGCGGAACAGGAUCCCGCGGCGGUGGGCGAUCAAUGCCCGGCGGCCAUCUCCGAUCCAUCACUGUCGGUUAAUUCGGAUUUCGAUGAUGAGAUUAGUAUGUUUUUUGACGAUAAAGGCGAGCCCAUUAAUUACCGUGAUCGCAAUGAGGCGGUGUCCAUCCGCAUCAGUGCGACCAAUGGCGACAACGUAUCGCUGCCCGAUGACUUUGCGGCAGCCAAUCCGGCCAGCGCACUGCCCAGUGCCAUACCGGUAGGCCGCAAUGCGAAACUGCGGCAUCGCAUUAAACGGAAGUUUUUCAAUUUCUCCUUUAAUGAACUGAUACGCCGGCGUCGCAGUAAGAAAUCCACCACGGCAGCAGCUGUUGCCGGUUCGCAUGAUGCCGUGGAUGGUGGCGGCGAUGGAAAAAGCAGUACCGGCGGAAGUCCGUCGCCCAAGCCUGAAAAGCGCAAUGUCAAUGUGUUCCCCGAGCAGGAUACCAUGAAAACGCUGACCGAUCGUGAUAUUGAACGGGAGCAGGGUAAAGCCUUAUCGAAAUACGCCCGGAAUCUCAUGAUCUUCAACUGGCUGCAUAAUACGGAAGAGACCUGGUUUCACUCGCAGAUGCAGUGAUGGGAUGGUUUUAAAAUUCUGACGUUGUGUGUGUUUUUGCAGAUUUUACACGCUGAAGGUAAAUCUAUAUUUUGUGAUCUGAUUGUACAAAAUGCUCUAAAGUAGAAGUCUUUACGCGAUUAAUUUACUUGAUAAUGCUGAAGUGUUUGUUUUCGUAUUUCACUUUAAAGCAAAUAGAAACGCAUGACUGUUCAAAAAAUAAUGACUUGACCUUUUCUAUUACAUUUGAAUUAUCGCAUAAUUUAUGUCGGCUGGUUCAUGUUAGUUAAUCGGAUAUGACACUUUUAUUUUGGUCUGCAUUCCAGAAACGAUCGAUUGUCGGUAAUGCCUCUAUUUGUAAAGGAAUUGUGGUAACAACAUGCAAUUAA